CAAACGAUAUUAGAUAUUAGAUAACAGGAAUUGUUCAAGACAACAUCUCAAAAUAGGAAAAGCAUUAAAGACAUUUGGUUCACUUCAACUCUCUAACAUGAUUGUCACGAUACUGAUCAGCUCACUAUACCUUUUCAUCCAGUGCAAAGCAACCAGUUGGCCUGAUGGAAAAUACUGUCUUCCAAUGCCUAGAAAUGGCAUAUGUCCUUCGAGAUGGAGGUCUGGUCAUCGACACCACGACAUGGAAGAUGACACAGCCAGUGAUAACCACAACUGGAAAACGUCUGGUUGGGUGCCCAAAAAUUCCAAUCUGCCCAAUAAUCUUCAAUGGUCCUUUUGCUGCAAUGCCAAUUGCAGUCAGAGGAACCACGUUAACGAAAGGAUAUUGUGGCCUUCUGGAUCGUAUUGCAUCUUCAGAUGCGGUGGUUCGUGUCCAAGGAAUUUUCAUGAAGGCUCCAUUUAUUGGGACGACGAAGACUCAAGGAACAAUAAUAAAAAAAGCGGAAUGCUUCCUGACGGAACGUAUGGUAGAAAUACUAAAAUAUUCUUCUGUUGUCGUCAUGAUCCCAGACUUCUAACUGGUCUACCCAAGUGUUCUCAAAUGAUGCUUAUGCGAUACAAAGGAAUUUGCCCUCAAUCUGGCGGUUAUUCCAGACCAAAAACUGGAUUCUUGCAAUGGGACACGGAGAACAAGUCCAAUGGAGAUAAACUCGUCGGUCAUUUUCCCGAUGGCGAGAAGACAUUUAACAGUGGCAUAAAGAUUGAAUUUUGUUCAUACACUUCAAUUGGUACAUGUUAAAUUAACAUGUUGAAAGAACAGCCUUUAAUGAAAUUAAAUCACAAAGAUCAUAGAAUAGGAUGAUUUUUUUGUGGGGUUUCUAAGCAUUAGCGAGGUCACCCAAUUUUGUAGGAUUUAGUCGUAAACAAAAUUAUGUAUAUCUUUAAUGUGUCAGAUUAAAAUGAAUAAUAAAAUGCUCAGUCGUUCA